AAGCGAUGAGUAGCGUAUGAGCCACGUGGCUCACUUUUCCGCUCUCGACAUUGAUAAGCUGGCCGGUGAGGUUUGAGUUUCUUGUUCUUGAUUCUUGAAUUAUGUAUUAGAUUCUCCUCAUUACCUAAGACAGAAAGAUCGCAAAAAUUAGCUAUGGAAUCAACUCAAAAACUGGAGCUCAUUGAUCAGGCGAUCCAGCAGCUCUUAGCAGACAAGAUCAACAAAGAAUCCUUUGCUGAUACUCUCCAAGAAGAUCGUGAUACUCAUAAGAUUCUUCUCUCUAGAUUACUUUCUAAGUUGGAUUCAUUGAAAAGUGGAAGCAAAGUAGAGCAAUCUGAAGCAUCAGCUGAACAGGAGGAUCCUUCAGUUGUUGAAGACGAGUUGAAAAAUGAGAAAGCCAGCCAAGUGGAUAAUUGCAGCACUCAAAUUGGUGAGGAGCUUAGAAAGGUAAGGAAGCAGAAUUUUCUGACCCAUUGCCUUCUUUCAGGCAUGAUUGUCCUCACUGUAGCUUGGCAAUUAUCUGAGGUUUCUCUCAUUUUGAAAAUUAAAGAUGGGCUGAAUCACCCAUUUAAAUCCUUGGGAAGUAUGAUUACAGGAAUGCUAAAAGCCCCUGGAUCAAAUGCACAAGAUGCAGAAAAACAACAGCACACAGAACCAUCUUCUUCCAUUCCUCUCCAAAUGCCAGAGCUUCCACACGUGGACUUGGGCUUAAAUGGUAAAGAAGAAUGAGAAGGUUUUUAUUGUAUUCUAAAAUAAAACAAGGGAGGAAACUUGCCCUUUGCUGGAAUAAUCUGAAAUUGUUUAGACGCUAUAGAGAAUGUCAUUGUUGUACCAUAUUGUAGUCUAAAUUUUUUAAAAAUAAAAUGGAAUAGCUUUUUUCAGCUUA